UGUUUAAUUCUGCUGGAAAGGCGUGCAUUUCAACCAUAGACUGUCAAUGAUUUCAACAUAGGGGUCUAUGGAGAUUGACUCCCUUUUGGAGCCAGCCUCAAGUGGCCACUCGAUUAACUGCAGCUGUUUGCACUUCCGCAUUGGCUUCAUUUCUUCAGCACCGGAGGUUCAGAGCAGAUUCAGAGACGUGUCUUGUCUUCAUUUAUUAAGCCUUGGUCAAGACCAGGAAGAAGGAUUUAGAAGCACCAGUAAAGGUGAGCCAAGAUGGGAGCUUUUGCUAGCCUGUUUAAAGGCUUGUUUGGCAAGAAAGAAAUGAGGAUCCUGAUGGUAGGACUGGAUGCUGCUGGAAAGACCACUAUCCUGUACAAGCUCAAACUGGGAGAAAUUGUUACCACAAUCCCUACCAUCGGUUUUAAUGUUGAGACGGUAGAAUACAAGAACAUCAGUUUUACAGUGUGGGAUGUUGGCGGUCAGGACAAGAUCAGGCCACUCUGGAAACAUUACUUCCAAAACACACAAGGCCUUAUCUUUGUAGUGGAUAGUAAUGACAGGGAGCGAGCUGGUGAGGGGAAGGAGGAGCUGAUGCGAAUGCUGGCUGAAGAUGAGCUGGCGGAUGCUGUGCUGCUUGUGUUUGCCAACAAACAGGACCUGCCCAAUGCAAUGAAUGCAGCUGAGAUCACAGACAAGCUGGGCCUACACUCCCUGCGCCAUCGCAACUGGUAUAUCCAGGCCACAUGCGCCACUGCUGGGGAUGGUCUUUACGAGGGUCUCGACUGGCUUUCUAACCAGCUAAAGAAAGCAAAAUGAUCCAUCACUCCACCUCCUGUCUGUCCUCUCUGUCUGCAGUGUACUGGUUCCUGGUCUCAUUCUCUCCUUUUCUCUUUUUCCUCUGAAGCGUUGGACCUUUGGCCAGUGCUACCCUGCAUCUGUGUACUGUAGGUGUGUGUUUUUUGGAUAUGUGAGUGGGAGCAGCCAUGUUGGGCCUUGAAGACUGUUAACUCUCAAGCAUCUCAUUCCUCCAGUGUUGGCACAUCCAAAUCCACUGGUCUCCACAAAGCAAAGAAGGACACAGGAUAUUGAGUCCUGCGUAAUUUUGUUUUUUAAAUCUGCUAGUGACAUUAAGGCCUUUUUGAACUGUUUAUUCACCCUGCAAAGAAGACACACAGUAUACCACAGUGUCAUGUUUGAUAUGGUAAAAUAUCCCACAUCCCAGAUCAGUUCACAUUGUUUUGAAAAGUUUGAGUUUUGGUGGAUUUAAGUUGAUUUUGACUGCUGAAGUGAACACUGGAUACUUAUUUAUUUUCUCUCUUUCAUAAAUGUUUGAAUCCCCAAGUCUGUAUGUUGUACGUCCUGUUAGGGUCAGAAUGUAUUUGGCAUCUCUGUUUCUGAAGAGAAGUUUUUGAAUCAUUUCUUCAGUUUUUAAAUUGAAUUCAGUGCCACCUCUAAAUGUUAUCCCUCUUAUGGCAAUAACCUGAUAUAUAUUUACAUGUGGUUUUGUUUUUUACACACCGAGCAUUAAAAGAUCCAUCAGGACUGGGUCUAGUAAAGGCAAUAAAUGUUGCAGUGUAUGUUUACGUAUAUGGAGGUGUGUUGUGUGUAGCUACUAUAUUGUUGGUGGAUGUGUGUAUCCUUCCGGUGCUGUUUGGGUUUCAGCCUCGUCCAGUUACUGGAACGGUGAGGCCUUUUGUUUUUUGGACUUUCUCCCACUCUCUUUUAUUUACUGGUAGUCUUAUUUUCUAUUGUAUAUAUUUCUUUGUGUCCAUUUUCUUUUUUUAAUGUUUCUGUUGAUGCACAGACAACCUGGUUUACUUUGGGAUGAGCUGACGUGCCAGGUGUGCAAAUGCUCUAGGGACCAAUUGUUUUGAUUCAUAAAGUGCACAUCGGGUUUGGUUCAGUAUUUGGUUCACCUGCAGGGCAUGAGUUUUCCCACCUGUGGUUUUCUAGAGCACACAAAAUUGUCUUUGAUUAAAGGUACAGUUGAAUUGGAA